AUGGGGCUGUCUACACAGUCGCUUCGGCGUUUUCUGUCGUCCAAGGAACCAACACACUACUCGCCAGCGGCGUUGUUUCUCAGCGAGCUGUACGAGACAGGAUGCAUCACACGCAUGAACAUGCCGGUGGCCCUGGCUCGGUCCUGGGACGCGGCAACGUGCCCACCUACUUCCUCGGCCUGGUAUGCAAGCAGGAAAUUGGAUGGCGUGCGGUGUGUGGCUGUGAUUGGAUGUGCACCGCCAAGUCGUAUACAGAGCGUGCACUUGCUCUCGCGCACAGGACGCAACUUUGGCUCGUUGCGCACACUUCAAGAUGCCUUUGCCAAGGUCCUUGAAGCAUGUCCACACAUGGCGCAAAUACGGCUGGAGCCUGAAUCGAAACCGAUGACCUGGGUGUUGGACGGUGAGCUUUGUGUCAUUGAUGAAACACAGUCUCCAUUUCGCGAGAGUUUCGUGCGAGCCAUGUCCCAGCUGCAGCAGCAUCCGAGCUCGACGGACGAGUGCGUUGCGACGGAUCUGGUGUACUUUCCGUUCGAUAUGCUCACACUGGACGAAUUUACUAUGGGAGCCAAGGAGAUACGACGCUAUUCUGCGCGUCUAGCCCAUUUGCAACGUGUAGUAUCGUGGGUUCAUGCACGCCAUCCGCGCGCGCCCAUUCGAGCGUUGCCUCAGGUGCGUAUCGAUGCUCAAGACACACUGGACAGAAUGCUCCGCGAUGCCGCGCAUUGGGAAGGCAUCAUGCUCAGAGAGGACAUGCCAUACGAGGGCCGACGCACACACUCCAUGCGAAAGAUCCGUCCGAAGCAUGAGGGAGAAUACCUUGUGCGGAAUAUCGAGAUUCGGACCAUGCGGCUCGCUUUGGAUGGCACGUACGCUGAUCGGCACGCCUUGGCCAGUAUGUACAUGCAGAAGCAGGGGAAGGGGGCGCCUUGCUGCGACGAGACGAGGGCGAGACUGACAUGA